AUGAAGGAGCACGAUGUGUUUGAGAAGGAAAUUAGUGACCUUCUCGCGCCCGUCCCGGCUCCCGCUGCGCGCCCGAGCAGCUCCCCGCCGAGCAGCGAGCUCCCCGCGGACUGGAGCCUCAAAACGCGCCUCCUCUUCACGUCCCGCCGGCCCUUCGCGUGGGCCGAGCACCUGAAGGCGCAGGAGGAAGCGCAGGGCGUCGUGCAGCACUGCAGAGCCGCGGCCCCCGCGCUGCCGCCGGGCGCGCAGGACGCGCGGGCGUGCGCGGCGCUGCGCUGCGCCCUCCAGCAGAGCCUCGUGUACUGGCUGCACCCGUGGCUGCCCUGGCUGCCGCUCUUCCCGCGCGCCGGUGCCGCCGCCGACCGGAGCGUGGCGGGCAGGGCCUGCCCGUGGGCGCAGGACGAGGCCGUGCAGCAGGCGCUGCUCAGCGAGUGGUCCGUGAGCUUCACGUCCCUGUACAACCUGCUCAGAGCGCGCCUGUGUCCCUACUUCUACGUGUGCACCUGCCAGUUCACGGUGCUGUUCCGGGCCGCCGGGCUGGCGGGGAGCGAGGUCGUCACCGCCGUCAUCUCUCCCACGACGAGAGGCUUGAGGGAGGCCAUGAGAAGCGAAGGCAUAGAGUUUUCUUUGCCGUGGGUAGAAGAAAGUAGAAUCAGAAAGCAGAAGAACUCUGAAGUGAAUGUGGAAGCCGAAGGUGUUCGCAGCCCUGAAGUGGACAAAAGCACCGAAGAGGCAGAGGAACCCGCUCCAAGUGAUGAUGAUGAUGAUGAUGAAGAAAGUUUCUCUUGGCUUGAGGAGAUGGGAGUCCAGGACAAGGUCAAAAAGCCAGAUACGAUUUCUAUCAAAAUCCGCAAAGAGAAAAACGAAGUGCAAGUGGAUCACAGGCCCGAGUCCGUUGCGGUGGUGAAAGGCACCAACACCUUCACGCUGCUCAACUUCUUGAUCAACUGCAAGAGCCUCGUGGCUGCCGCGGGCCCCCAAGCAGGGCUUCCCCCAACUCUCUUGUCCCCCGUUGCCUUCCGAGGGGCAACAAUGCAGACGCUCAAAGCUCGCAGUAUAAACGCCAAAGCGCGGGCCCAGCUCUCCUACGAGGACGUGUUCAGCCUGGAGGUCGUGGGCCCCGUCCUGCCUCAUUCCCUGCACCUGCUGACCGAGCUGCUGCGCUGCGCCCAGCAAGGAGCCUUCUCGGCGACGCUGUACACGCACGAGCCCACGGCCGUGCUCAACACGCCGCUGCACGAGGCCAGCGCUGCCGCGGGGAAGGAAGCUGUAUGCAGAGACCUCUCUGACUGUGGGCUGCACCCUAAGACGCUCCAUCAGCUGAGUCAAGCUUCACCUCUGGGAAAAUCGUCUAUCCGAUUCCUAGAAAUGAAGGAUUAUGCUUAUACGUGGAAGUCCUAGAGCUGCUCUUGGAAGUGGACAGAACCGAGUGCUUUCCAGCGUGCAGAUGCUGUAUUUACAUGGAUKGCCUACACGGACAGCACCCAUGCAGUACCAGGGAGAACACGCUCCAACUGAACAGCACCGCCAAGAGCUACUGCACAUCCCACACCAYGAAAUCCUUCAAAGGACUCCUGAAGAAAGAUAAGGAAAGGGCCUUGGAUCUAUCCUGUAUUUUAGAGGGCUUUUUUUAAAUAAAAUUUUAUAAAAGAGGA